AUGACCUUUGUGAAUAAAACUAUCGUUCAUCAGUCAACUGCCGAAGGAAAAGGAAUCACUGAAGCGAUUAUUGGCCUUCCAUCGAAAUUCUUAUUAACAACAAGAAAUAGAGAGGUAGAACAAUGUCGCCACGAGCGUGAUGGUGUAAUGGUGGGAAUCAAAAAUCAGCAAGGCUAUGACUGUGCUACGGAAGUGCGAGUCCAAGGUAACAAAGAUGGUAGCUACAAAGUCAGAUAUUUCCUCAAAGACACAGGAAAAUACCAACUAUCAGUGAAAGCAAAUGAAGAACAUAUUCGAGGCAGUCCAUUUGCUGUUAACACGAAACCCAAACAGUUCAGACCCUUGUUAUCUUUUUGGACAAGAAGGAAGGGUCAUAAACAAGGAGAGUUUAAUUUUCCUACUGGCAUAGCGCAUGAUAAGAAUAAGAACAUAAUUGUUGUGGAUACUAAUAACCACCGCGUUCAAUUGUUCAAUGAGCAAGGUGAGUACCUGAACCAGUUUGGUGGUAAAGGAAAUCUUGAUCACCAGCUGAGUUGUCCUUUUGGUUUAUCUGUUGACGGGAAUGGAAAUAUCAUUGUUGCCGAUAGGGGUAACAAACUUAUAAAAACCUUUUCAUCUAAUGGCCAUUUUUUGUAUAAACUUGGUGAAGGUGAAGUUUUUACUGCUCCUUCUCACUGUAUUCAAUAUAACAAACAUCUCAUAGUGUCAGACAGUGGUGAACAUUGUAUCAAAGUGUUUGAUAUAAAUGGCGAUUUUUUGUAUAAAUUUGGAAAUAAGGGAUACGGGGGUGGGCCGUUCAAUAAAUCUCGUUUUUUGUCAGUUAACAAGGCAGGACACCUGAUGGUCUGUGAUAUAGAGAAUCACGGAGUUCAGGUAUUUGAACUGAGUGGUAAAUUUGUAACAAAGGUUGGAGAGAGAGGUAAUGGGCCAGGAGAGUUCGAAUGUCCAACAUGUACAGCAGUUCUUAGUGAUGGCAGGAUAGUUGUGGCUGACCGGUUGAACAAUCGUAUUCAGAUUCUUGGGUAAAUGUUGAUAAAUGCAACUCCUGUUACAUUCAAACUUUGAAGUAAUUCUGAAAAUAGCUGCAUCACAACACCGAGGUUUUUUUUUCUUUCUGGUUUCAAUUGGUGUAUCCGUAUCGUCCAUUUGUAAUCUUAAGAUUGUAGUUUCUUAGGGAGGACAAACACCACAGAUCGAAGACAAAUUGCUGUGAUAGUGCUUUAGAUUCUAGUUUGUUAGAGAGAGCAAACACUAGAGAUUGAAGAAAAAUUGUUGGGAUAGUGUAUUCACCACUGAAAGAGAAGCAUCAAUCAAUAAACUGAGUUUGAUCGA